CCUUCACCCGACCGCCCUCUUGGAUCGAACAAGAACACCAACCCGGGAUCAACACCGGGCCGUCGACAGAGUCACGUACGCAUCACCGCCAGAUCUAACCGGAGAACACACCAGUCAACAUGGGCGCCGGAGGUGACGCCGGCGGCGGCUUCUACGAUGCCGCGCUGCACAAGCGCCAGGCCAUGAUGGGCAAGAGCGGCCCCGCGGCGCUCUGGAAGAACUUCCGCGUCUUCCGCAUCGCCGCCUUCGCCUGCAUCGGUGGUGUGCUGUACGGUUACAACCAGGGCAUGUUCUCGGGCGUUCUGGCCAUGCCGGCCUUCGGCAAGCACAUGGGCGACUACACCGAAAACGACACGAAGAAGGGUUGGCUGACGGCUAUUCUGGAGCUGGGCGCUUGGCUCGGGACCCUUCUCUCGGGUUUCCUUGCCGAGGUGCUGUCGCGAAAGUACAGUGUCAUCGUAGCCUGCACCGUGUUCAUCAUUGGUGUUAUUGUCCAGGCUACCGCUGUUAGUGUUGGACCCAAUGCUAUUCUGGCUGGCCGUUUUGUGACUGGUAUGGGUGUCGGAAGUCUCGCCAUGAUCAUCCCCAUCUACAACUCCGAGGUUGCGCCCCCCGAGGUGCGCGGAGCUCUGGUGGCGACACAACAGCUGGCCAUUUGCUUUGGUAUUAUGAUCAGCUUCUGGAUUGACUACGGCACCAACUACAUUGGAGGCACUGGGGAUGGGCAGACCGACGCAGCAUGGCUAAUCCCGAUUUGCUUGCAGCUCGCCCCCGCCCUCCUCCUCCUCGUCGGCAUGCUCUUCAUGCCCUUCUCGCCCCGUUGGCUAAUUCAUCAUGGGCGGGAGGAGGAAGCGCGCAAGGUUCUGGCAGACCUCCGCGGCCUGGACGCCGACCACGAGCUCCUCGAGAUCGAGUUCCUCGAGAUCAAGGCGCAGUCGCUGUUCGAGAAGCGCUCCAUCGCCGAGAUGUUCCCCCAGCUCCGCGAGCAGACCGCCUGGAACAUCUUCAAGCUGCAGUUCGUCGCCAUCCGGAAGCUCUUCCAGACCAAGGCCAUGUUCAAGCGUGUCAUUGUUGCGUCCGUGACUAUGUUCUUUCAGCAGUGGACCGGCAUCAACGCGGUCCUGUACUACGCCCCCUUCAUCUUCGAGCAGCUCGGCCUCGACCUCAACACCACCUCGCUCCUCGCGACCGGCGUGGUUGGCAUCGUCAUGUUCGUCGCCACCAUCCCCUCCGUCCUCUGGAUCGACCGCGUGGGCCGCAAGCCGGUGCUCACGAUCGGCGCCAUCGGCAUGGCAACGUGCCACAUCAUCAUCGCGGUGCUGGUGGCCAGGAACAUCGACAACUGGAAGGAGCACCCGGCGGCCGGCUGGGCGGCCGUGUGCAUGGUGUGGCUGUUCGUCAUCCACUUCGGCUACUCGUGGGGCCCCUGCUCGUGGAUCAUCGUGGCCGAGAUCUGGCCGCUCAGCACCCGGCCCUACGGCGUGGCGCUGGGUGCCUCCAGCAACUGGAUGAACAACUUCAUCGUCGGCCAGGUCACCCCCGACAUGCUGACGGGCAUCCCCUACGGCACUUAUAUCCUCUUCGGCUUGCUGACCUACCUUGGCGCCGCCUUUAUCUGGUUUAUCGUGCCGGAGACCAAGCGGCUGACGCUGGAGGAGAUGGACGUCGUCUUCGGUUCCGAGGGCACGGCAGCGGCCGAUUUCGAGCGCAUGGAGGAGAUCAACAACGAGAUCGGUCUCAACCAGAUCCUGCGCGGCGAGAGUGGUGUCGUUGCGUCUGGCUCGGAUGCCGAGAAGACCAAGCUUGACCAGGGUGUUUAAGACCUGAUUGAUAUACCCGAUAUUCCCUCGUUUUUGGAUGAGGAAAGGAUUUGCUUUCUUAGGGGUUGUUUUGGCCAUCGCUUAGCAAUGUAACAACGCGACUUUGACGCGAGGUUAUCACCAGUACUUCAGAGUUUGUCUCUUUGGGGAUACCUCCAUUUCAGAGUUUACUUUUUCGCAUGUGAUGAAUGAAGAAAACUGUGCUCAUAUGCCGCUUGGUCUCAA